AUGCGCGUCUUGGUGACCUUCAAGCUGCUGUUGGCUAAAUCGUUGAAAGCAACGCUUAGCACGGACUACUCUGCCACGAAUAUAAAAGUGUGGCUAAAGCUGCGCACGUGGCAGUGGUGGCUGUUGUAUCGGCUCGUCAAGGUGUACACCGGGGAGGUAAAGCAACAAGCGGAAGAGAGCUGUGUAUUAUCGCAGAAAAUUCAAGGGCUCGAAGAAGAACUCAAGAUCAGCGAGUCAGCCUCAGAAGAGUUGCGAAGGGCGCUGAAUAUGGCAACCACGGAGACGGCCGCCCUCAACAGUAAGCUGGAUGAACAGAACCUAAAGUGCGACGAGCUGGAGGCGCGAAAUAAGAGCUGCGUCAAGAUCCAGGCAAAUCUAAACGAUCAGCUGAUGGAGGUGCAAGAAUCACUGAGAGUGUACGAAGUGAAAAACAAAGGCUUUCAACAGGAUAAAAUGAAUCAAGAAGCAGAGCUGGAGUCUCUGAAGGACGAGAAUGACGAUCUGAAGAGACAGAACCAAAAGCUGAAAGCAGACUUGCAGAACAAAGAGAGAGAAAACGAACGCAAUUUGCAAACCAUAACGCAGCAGGAGGAUCAACAAUCGAAGCUAAACAAAGAGAGGAAAAAUGCCGAGGAAUGGAACACGAAGCUUUCCACUGAUCUUCAGAUGGCAGAAGAGAAGAUCAUUGGCUUGAAUAAGGCCAAGUCAAAACUGGAAAUGUCAAUCGAUGAGCUUGAAGGGUCCCUCGAGAAAGAGAGGAGAUUCAGACAGGACGCAGAAAAAUUCAAGCGGAAGACGGAAGGGGACCUCAAAGUGGUUCAGGAAAAUAUGGCCGAGUUAUCUAUGUUAAAGCAAGACCUGCAGACGAAGUUGUGCGCGAAGGAGGAUCAGUUGGUAGCUGUGCAGAUUGGCUUAGAGAAAGAACAGAACGUUGUCAUUAAACUUCAAGGUGCAAUCAAGGGGCUCCAGUGUCGCACAGAAGAAGUGGAGGAAGAACUGGAGCGAACAGAACAAGCCAGGGUCAAAGCAGAUAAGAUCCGAGGGGAAAUGCAGAUUGAACUCGAAGAGCUCACUACUCAGUUGGAUGAGGCGGGCGGACUAACUAAGGCCCAAACCGAGGUGGCGAAGAACCGAGAGCUCGAACUAUCAAAGCUUAGGCGAGAGUUGGAGGAAAUGAAGCUGAUGCACGAUACCGAGUUCGCUGCCCUUCGGAAGAAGUGCAGCGAUGCCAUUGCGGAGUUGAACGACCAAAUUGUGACUUUGCAGAAGUCAAAAGCGAGACUCGAAAAGGACAAGGCUUCUCUCCAGCAUCAGGUUGACGAAUCGCAAUGUGCUGCGGACGCUGAGUCAAAAAGGAGGGCAAACGCCGAAAAGCAGAGCAAACAGUACGAGCUUCAAUUGGUGGAAACACAGCUGGCAAUGGAAGACGUGAAUCGCAGACUGACAGACGUGGAAACGAGUCGUUCUCGAAUCGUAGCAGAAGGCGAAGACCUGGGAAGAAGACUUGAAGAAGCGGAGUCCAAACUGUUCAUGAACGAACAUUUGAAGCAUCAGCUGGAGACGCAGCUGGAAAGUCUUCAAGCUUCUAUCGAUGAAGACAACAAAGCCAAGCAAAACCUCUCUGUCGAGUUACGCAAUGCCCUGACUCAGAUCGACUGUCUGAAAGCCCAGUUGGAGGAGGAAACGGACAACAAAGCCGAUCUCCAGCGACAUCUAACAAGAGCCAAUGCAGAAGUCCAGCAGUGGCGAGCAAAAUAUGAAACUGAAAUUCUUGGCAAAAUGGAAGAAAUGCAAGAAGCAAAGUAA